AUGCUGGCGGCCCGGGCGCGCCGCGUGGCCUGCGCCGUGUCCGGCGGCGUGGACAGCGCCGUGGCCGCGCUGCUGCUGCGCCGCCGAGGCUACCAGGUGACAGGGGUGUUUAUGAAGAACUGGGACCCGCUGGACGAGCAGGGAGCUUGCUCCGUUGACAAAGAUUGUGAAGAUGCUUACCGGGUGUGCCAGAAGCUUGAUAUCCCCUUUCACCAGGUUUCCUACGUGAAGGAAUACUGGAAUGAAGUAUUCAGUGACCUCUUAAAAGAGUAUGAAUUGGGAAGGACACCUAAUCCUGAUAUUUUGUGUAACAAGCACAUCAAAUUCAACUACUUCCUGCAUUAUGCUAUGGAUAACCUUGGAGCAGAUGCAAUUGCUACUGGGCAUUAUGCCAGGACCUCACUGGAGGAUGAGGAAGUGUUUCAACAGAAACAUACUAAAAGACCACAGAAGCUUUUCAGAAACCGUUUUGAAGUUAGAAAUACUGUGAAACUCCUUCAAGGGGCUGACCUCUUUAAGGACCAGACCUUCUUUCUAAGUCAGAUUUCACAGGAUGCUUUGAAGAAAACCAUCUUCCCUUUAGGGGAUUUAACAAAAACUUUUGUAAAGAAGAUAGCAGCAGAACAUGACCUUCACCAUGUGCUAAAGAAAAAAGAGAGUAUGGGGGUCUGUUUCAUUGGUGAAAGAAACUUUGAAAAUUUCCUUCUUGAGUAUUUGGAACCUCAACCUGGUAACUUUGUUUCCAUUGAAGAUAAGAAGGUGAUGGGAAGACACAAAGGUUGGUUCCUCUUCACAAUAGGCCAGAGGGCUCGGCUGGCAGGGCUCAAGGAUGCUUGGUUUGUUGUAGACAAAGAUGUCAGCACUGGAGAUGUCUUUGUGGCACCAUCACGAGAUCACCCCGCCCUGUACAGAGACCUGCUGCGGACAAACCGCGUGCACUGGAUCGCAGAGGAGCCGCCGGCAGAGCUGGUCAGGGAGAAGAUGAUGGAAUGUCAUUUCAGAUUUCGGCACCAGAUGGCACUGGUGCCUUGUGUCCUGACUCUAAACCAAGAUGGGAGUGUGUGGGUAACACUAGUGAAGCCAGCAAGAGCUAUCACACCUGGACAGUUUGCUGUGUUCUACAAGGGAGAUGAGUGCCUGGGCAGUGGGAAGAUCCUGAGGAUGGGCCCAUCAGUGUAUACCUUGCAACAGGGCAAAAACCGAGAGGAGAGCCCCAAGAAGGAGGAGAUUGACAAAAUAGAACCAGCAACAUGACACCUGGGAUUGUCUAUUGAAGGACUUUGGAGAUUUUGCUGCCUGAGAACAAUAAAAACUAUAAUAAAUGUGGUUCAUAAGGCCAGUUAAGCAGAGAGUCCCAGCUCUUGACUGUUAGCACUGAAGGAGUUGAAAGCUAAAGCCAGUUUGGUGCAAUUCUGCUGGACUGUAUGGUGCUGUUUAUAUUAAUAUGUAUCAAGGGAUGUCCUAAGGUGUUCUGUAAUAGCAGUAACACAUACAGGAAUUUUAACACAAAAAUCAUGGCUGAAAUAAUAAAUCUAUCUCUCCUGUGUAAGUGAAAUGCUUUCUUUUCCCUUACUUAAAGGUACCUAUCCUUAGUAAAGUACUUAUGUUAUUUUA